CAAUAAAAUUAGGUCAGGGUAGGCUAUGUCGCGAAGUAAACUGUAACAGUCCCUCGUCGAAGAAUUGUUAAGAAAGAAUCUGUAUCCUCGGCGCUCGACAGUCGCGCCGCGUUUCAAAUGAAUCAGGAGAGAAUUGGGGCAGGUUUUACUUUUGCGUUGACACGGUGAUAAAAUACCAAAAACAACGAGGACCACAUUUUCAACACGGGGCGACGACUGGACUCAAGUUUCGUAUCGUACAAUUUCUGUAAUCUACACACAUUUUGCGCCUGGAGAACAGGAGGAAAGGACCGUGUCUAGGGCCUUUUCCUCGUAUUAAUUAUUUAUUUCCUCAUAAACUGCAGUCUUGCUAUCAAAACAUUGAUGGUCGAUCAUUUCCCUCUGUGUAGGGGACCUGAAGGAAAAUAACUAAAUUAAGAUACAACACUGGUGAACCGUUAAAAUGGCUCGCCCACGGCCUCGGGAGUACAAGGCAGGAGAUUUGGUUUUUGCAAAAAUGAAGGGAUACCCACACUGGCCAGCGAGGAUCGAUGAACUCCCAGAAGGAGCUGUCAAGCCACCUGCAAAUAAAUAUCCCAUCUUCUUCUUCGGAACCCAUGAAACUGCGUUCCUUGGCCCGAAAGACCUUCUGCCGUACAAGGAGUACAAGGACAAAUUUGGAAAGUCAAACAAGAGGAAAGGAUUCAAUGAGGGUCUGUGGGAGAUUGAGAAUAACCCUGGUGUCAAGUUCACCGGCUAUCAGGCCAUCCAGCAGCAGAGCUCCUCGGAAACGGAGGGAGAAGGAGGGAAUGCUGCCGACGCCAGCAGCGAGGGAGAGGAGGGGGACUCCAUAGAGGAGGACGCCAAAGGAGACAAAGUCGGCUCCAAGCGGAAAAAGACCGCCUCCUCCAAGAAGUCGUCCAAGCUGUCCAGGAAGUCCUCUGGGGAGGAGGAUCUGGACAAGGACGGCAAAGAAGAGGACCACAAGAGUGGCUCUGAGGCAGGAGACCCAGACAACGUCAUCCAGAACACCUCAGACGGCAAGACGUGCAGUCAAGGGAACCAGUUGCUCCGAGAAGAACAUUAAAAGUCAAGGCGGUCCCAUCAGGGAGGUCAUUCAUCGUGCUUGUUUUGUGAUUAUGGAGUUGUGAAAUUCUCAUUGAUCUUCAACACCAGGAACCCCCACAAAGCUAGUAUGGAAAUCACAUUUUAAGUGAUUGAUGCAUUUAUACCAUCCUCUCAGCCACAGUGCAACUAUACUAUAUCAUGGGGUGUAAAUUCAGUCCAGUAGGGUAUGCAUAAAAAAAUUAGUCAGCCUGUACACAAACUCAACCUUGAUACACUUCAAAAAUAACCCUUUUUUUAAAAUCUAUAGCGAAAGGUAACAGUAGUCAUACAUUGAUAUUAGCACCGUUUCAUAUCUUAAGCUCUCCAGUUCAAUGCACCAAUUUUAGCAUAAUACCAGAUUACUUUCUAUGAUUAAGUUUGCAAAGACUUCUUGAUAGCUGCUCUCUCUCUCGCUCCUCACAAAACAACAGGCCAUUCAGUGUGUCGCUCAUAGUCGUACAUGUCGUAGCUCAAGAUCGCUUUCUUAAACAAAAGGAAAAGGCUGAUGGACUACCUUCUGGAAUAUUUGUCUGUAAAAAGCAUUACCCAUAUCGCUAUAUGUUACUCUUUUAUGUAACCGAAAAAAAAAAAUGUAUGGAAAAAAGUAGAUUAAAUGUAUGAAGUAUUGUGCACAAAACUGGGUUACACAUUGUAACUCACUAUUAUCUCUAUAUAUUUUAUUUUGCUGUAGAAACUAGGACCACUAUCCAACCGAAAUGCUCUCUAGAUAACUGCUCAUCUUUUUUAUGGCUAAGUGAAAUCUUCGUUUCUGUGUGUCUGUGGAAUGGAUUAUGUUGUUACGCUUUUUAGUGGCAUGCUCAACUGUCGUAUACAUCAUAAGAUGGAGAUAGUCUUGGUUGUUCUGGUUUUUUGAAGGUUUCCAAUUACUUGCAGUUUUACAUUUGCACUUACUAAGAAUGGCAUAAAAAAAAAGACUUCCAACCCCCCCACCAAUGAGAACAGAGCACUUCUCUACUUUUAACAUGUCCAGGCGCUGUGCUUACCACGUUGAUACAGUAGUACAUCACAUUCUGCACAUGCUUAUGUGUAAAGCAGUUUACAGAACAGUAAAGGUGUACAUCUAUCAUCAGGUCUUGUUCUCCUGGAGAAGUGGACCUGCUUCCUUUACAUCUCCACGGUCAUGCUCUACCAGUUAAAUUGCAGGAGCACUCUGAACUGUAUGUUUCAUUGUUGGCACUGGGGUAAACCUUAAUAUUCUUUUGAGACUUUUUUUUUUUCCUUUUUAAAAUGCAAACAUAACGCCCAUUAAAAGAUUACCUGUUUUGCUUCCCUCUUUGUUUUAUAUAAAGAAUAUAUUCUAUUUAUUUUUUGAUGAGUAAACUGAAGAAAUCUGUGGUAAAUGUAGUCCCAUCAUUUUUUUGUUUAUUCCGUCACCUUUUGACCUCUGUUAUGCCUGUAAUUGGAACAAGUUUUACAUUUUCAAUAUUUGUAGUUCAAUGUAAACUGUUUUUUGCUGUUUAUUGACAAGAAUUUUACAGAAUAAACUCAUUGGAAUGCA